AUGUCAAUGCCAUCAUCACGAGUGUUGAUGGUCUCUUGUUUGUUCAUGCUUUUGGCAUGUGUCAUGAUACUUUCCACGGAAGGUAGAACUACAAAAACUAUUGUCAUCCAUUUGGAUCAUCCACGCAAUUCCAGACGUAGUCGUCGCUCAAAUGAUGAUGAUGACACUUCUACUCAAUACAUUUCCAUUCCAUCUUCAUCUCGUCAUAAAAGAAGAAGAGGAAACAAACGUUCCGUCGUUGUAAACGUUGAGAAGAAAAAGAAGAAGAAAAAGCCUCUUCCUCGUUCGAAGCCAAUUAUUGUAACGAUCAAUCCUCCUGCUCAACGUAUCGUCGUUCAGGCUCCUCCAUCGCCACCUCCACCACCACCACCUCCACAACCAACACCACAAGAACCCACUCAGGUGAAUGUUGAGGUGGAAUUGAAGAUUGCUGGAAAAGGAAGAAGAAGAAGAGGCGUUGGUUUUGUACCAAGAAUUCGUGGAGGAUCUUCUGUUGCAACUGGCAGUAGCGAUACGAAUGGUGCUGGAAUGGCCUCUUCCGAUACUGGUGUGGUUACAAACACUAAUAACAACAAUGGUGCUGCUUCUCAACCUGCCGAACAACCAGCUGGAUCUCAACAGCAACAACAACAAGGUGCUGCUGCUCAACAACCACAAGAACAACAAGGUGGUGGUGCUGCACAAACUCCAGAACAACCAACAUCUCAACCUCAAGAGCAACCACAACAACCUCAACCUCAAGAGCAACAACAAUCAGGUUCAGAUGCUUCUCAAUCCACCGGUGGAGAUGGAGGAGAUCAAUCAUCUUCAUCUUCCUCUGAUGGCAACCAAGGUGGUCAAGAUCAAGCUCAACAAGGAGGCAAGAAGAAGGUAGCUCGUGGUAUUAAGGCUGCAGUUGGCAAGAAGAAAGGAAUUCAAAGAGCAGCUAGAAACAAUAAGAAGCAACAACAACGAGGUGGAAGAACUGCAAGAAAGGGAACCAGAGCUACCAAUGGUGGUGCCAGAAAGACCACUACUAAUCGUGCACGUGGAGCCACUCGAGUGAAUCGAGCAAGAUCUUCAUCAGGAAGAUUCUCUGCAGGUGGAAGAAGUGCAUCUUCACAACGAAGUAGUCCUUCUCGCUCCUCAGGAAUAAGCAGUGCUCCAAGAAGAAGAAAAUAA